CCCGGCGGGGUCUGCGUGUGUAUAUAAGCACACCCAAACAUGGCUACGCCAAGGUAGAGCCAAGCUGCGCUACUAUUCCCCCUCUUCCUUUUUCUACGGAAGACGCAGUCACACGCUCAGGCAACGCAGGUAAAGAAAAAGAGAAGAAAAGGCAAGGUCUUGACCAUUCCAAGCACAACUUGGGAUAAGACGAAGUAGUGCCAAAUUAUGGAUUGUGGGAUUGAAUUGAAGGGCUGCAUUUGUCGGAUCAACAACUGCGCUGUUGAACUCUUCUCAAUGGAGGAGGACUUGGUGAUUGAUGAUGAGGACUCGUGGGACCUUCUUGCGAGGGAUCUUCGGUUGAAGGCUACAUUCUUGUACAUUGACCUCGGCCGUGUGAUUUGCUCCUGUGAGAUUGAUGAACACAAGAAGAUGCUCACCGGUUUAGCGAACAAGUUUUUCUACUUCAUGGAUGAGUUGACGAAUGCAGUGAGCAGCAGAAGCAUCCCCCUCAUGCAGGUGUGCUACAGUGAUACGACUCUUCUUCUCCGCGAGGUGCUCUCCGCCCUUGUGCCCUCCCAGUAAUUUGGGCCUAAUUCAAGAUUAGAUGCCCCCUGCAAGGCUAGUAUUCGCUCUGCUUCUGCAGCAUCGCAAUGUAUGGAGCAGGCGAGGGUAAGAUCUGAGAGCCUCACAUUUUCUUGGAAGCAAGAAACACCCAGAAGAGGAUGGAUAAGGAAAAUGUGAGAAGAAUGAGGUGCAGAAUCACCCUCACCUAUGUACAUAUCUUUAAUCAGCUUCAGAGUUGGAACUUGGAAGCACUUUAAUGGAUUAGCAUCCGGUUUGCACCAAUGAGAUGCACUUCUCUGAAGCUUCUUGUUUGUUUGUUUGUUUGUUUCAUUUUACAUGUGAAAGUUGACUCCUCUCUAACGCGAAAUGUAGCAAGAUAAUUGCCGUUCCA